CCUCUGGCUUGGUACUGCAAAUCCAUUAUGAUGCCUCUAAACCAUUUUCGUCCCCUGAAUUCAUAGUGUACUUAUCCUGCAAGCUUUUGUCCACAUGCUCGCUUUCGUUCCUUCUCGCGUUGACGAUAAACAGCCAACUAACGUUCCUUCCUUCCUUUGACAACCCUCGCCAAUUGAUCGACAUUUGCAUCCUCCAACUACGUCUCAGUCAUAUCAAGAUUGCCUGCAAUUGAACAAGAUGACGGAAUGGUUGCGACCAGUCUUCGGCCGCGCCAGGACGCCUAUGCCGUCGACAGGCAGCGAUCGACCUGCCAGCUUCUCCUACGAUGAAAGUACCGAAAGCGAGGAAUCUCGUCCUAGACCUGCGUCUCGUGUGUCUUCAUACAUUGGUCUUCGACCUAGCACGCCUCCUGCACAUGAUCCAGACACAUUUCCCAACUUUCGAAAACCAGACAACGUCUACCACCAACCUUCAGGUGAUCAAAUGGCAGAGAUGUUGAAAGUGGCGAUGAUGAGCCAGAGCAGCUUUGCGCCGCUUCCAAUCGAGUACAACAGCUGUGUUUUACAUGUCCUCGAAGCUUACCAGGCAAUGAGGAUGGAGAUUGGAAGGAAGGAAGACGAGAUUCAAGUUAUGAAGCACAAGCAUACAGAAGCUAUUAAGGAUUUCGAAGAUAUGGCUACGCAGUGGGAGGCUAGGGAGAAAGAUUACAAAGCCGAGCUGAAGAAGCUGGAGGUGAUCCUGAGCCAGACAGAAGGUGGUAUGGAGAAGGUUACCCUGGCUCGAAGCAAGAGUACAGUUCAUGGGUCCAAAAGAAUCAAAGAGGUAGUGAGAUCAUCGAGGCCGAUAAAGCAGAGAGAUUCAGAGCUGGCAAGAAGUGAUAUUUCCACUCCCACCGACGAUGGCAGAACCAUCUAUAUUCAAAAUAGUGGUAUGCCAAGACACAAGAAGAAGAAUAGAAAGCAGAUCGAACCUCCCGUCUCUGACUCAAAUCUUGCGAAGGCCCAUUUCGAAGUUCCAGCUCGAAAUCAGAUACUUGACUCCCAGUUGUCGAGCCCAGCUCUCCAAACAGCAACAGAUCGAAUUUCCGGAUCAGCUCGCCGAAACUCCACAGGAAUCACUCAAGCACGGCUUGAAGCUCUACACAGGGAGCAAGCAUUGAGACAGCUCGGUGUCGCCUUCAACUCCGAGUCGGAGUCGUCCGAUUCGAGCUCCGAUUCCGAGGCCCUCGACCUUCGAGUACCCGAACCAAGAUAUAGAGUUGAGAAGGACCUCCAAGAGUCUCUCCUAGAAACUCCUCAAAAGACACCUGCACGAACAUUGAGACGUGGCGCCAGUGAUCAGACGGACAGUCCAAAGACCGCCAAGAAAAACUCAAGUUUUAUUCCUACUCAAAUGGGCUUCUCAUUCAGAUCAGGCGACGACCUUGAUAUUCUAGGUCAACGCUCGAGUUUGUACUUCAGGAGGAGGAUGUCGCAAGAGACGCGACAGAAUCUCUCUGGCUCGUCUGAGCAAAAGUCCGAAACAAAAGGUGUCCAGGAAACCUCCAAGCAGUCACAACCCAAAUCUUCGAUUCCAAAACCGAAACUUGAACUGGUUAAGAGAUCUAUCAGCCCGGAACUGUCACCUGAAGAAAGCAAGGGCCUGCGUCGCUACGACUCUACAAGCAGCGUGCUAACUGCUUUCCGUGCAAAUUCCGGUCGAAAUAGCAGUGAUGGCUCACAAAGGAGUAGUAUUCACCCUCGAAGAACGCAGGGAUCAGAGAGAAGAGGUGGAAGCAGCGACGCCAUUACUGCUGCUACUCGAGCCGUUGCAAGUUCUCGAUCGGAUGACCAGAAGAAUUCUUCGGAAACUACCACAAGUGACUAUCAAGCUGGAACUCGGAGUUGGGACGGGAAUCGAAAUGGGAGUAGCCUAGAGCAUGCAGGUGGACAGAAUGAUAGCAGGAACGGUCCAAGAAGUGGGGGCGCUGGCGGUUCGAGUAAUGGAGAAGGCUCUAGCCAAAUGAUAGCGGAACAGACUUGUGGCUCGGGAAGCAAUUGAGAACUUGUUGGUCAUGUAAGAUUACCGAGUAUAGUGUUGUGGGAUUAUUGAGCGCUUAGUUCCAAAUCAAAGGAUACCAUGUUUUGACGGACGUCCAGGAAG